GCCGGGGCGUCCGCAGCCGGAUCCAGGCUCCCUCCCCUCGGCCGUACCUCUCCGGCGCUUGUUGCUCAGCCCCAGUGCGGGUAGCGCGGCGCUCGGGCGCUGCUGCUGCGCGGGGAGCCGCGCCGGGGCCAUGAUCCAGCCGCGCCGCCCCAGCCGCCGCGCCGCCCGCUCCUCCUAGAGCCGCUCCCGGCGCCGCGCAGCCUUCCCGCCGGCGGGCAUGGGGAACCAGGUGGAGAAGCUGACCCAUCUGAACUACAAGGAAGUUCCCACGGCUGACCCAACAGGUAUGGACAGAGAUGAAGGGCCCAGGAUCGGGGUCUCCUACAUCUUCUCAAAUGAUGAUGAUGAGCUGGAACAGCAGCAGGAUUCAGUGCACGACCUGGGAGGUGAGCACCCUGCCCUGCAGCCCUACGAUCCCCAGGUGCAUGAGGUGGAGUGCUCGGUCUAUUACCGGGAUGAGUGUAUUUACCAGAAGAGCUUUUCUGAGGAGGAUGUGCUGCCAGAGGAGAGUGAUGAAGGAGGCAGGGGGCAUCUGAACACCUACACCCCGGAGAACCUGCUGAAUAGGUGCAAACCGGGUGACCUGGUGGAGUUUGUGUGCCAGGCCCAGUAUCCACACUGGGUGGUUUAUGUCGGGGAUUUUCAAGUUGUGCACCUGCAUAGGCUGGAGGUGGUGAACAGCUUCCUCACCGAUGCCAGCCAGGGCAGAAGGGGCCGCAUUGCCAACCAGCUGUACCGCUACAAACCCCUCAGCCCAGCCGUGGUCGUGCGCAAUGCCCUGGAGCAGGUGGGUUGCAAGGAUCGGGACUUGAGCUGGAGAAACUCUGAGUGUUUUGCUGCCUGGUGCCGGUAUGGCAAGCGGGAGUUUAAAAUCGGCGGGGAGCUGCGUAUAGGCAAGCAGCCCUACCGAUUGCAGAUCCGGCUGGGUGAGAAGCGCAGCCACACACUGGAGUUUCAGAGCCUGGAGGAUCUGAUUAUGGAGAAGAGAAGAAAUGACCAGAUUGGUAGGGCUGCUGUGAUCCAGGAGCUCUCCAGCCACCUGCAGGAUGCAGAGGAGGAGGAAGAGGAGGAGGAAGAAGACCAACAUCAUCCAGCGGCUCGGACUGCUGUGGAGUAGCAGCCUCAGCACCACCAUGCUGCUUAGCCUGGGUGAUGGGGAUUAAAACUGAAGGCUUCGAAAUUGAGCUGUUAUAAGCCCUUUGGGCCACUUUGGUGCAGCUUCAUUCCAGUCACAUGUGAAAGGAAGGGGAAAAGCUGCUUAAGUGUCUGUGCUUUAGUGCUUAACUCCUUCAGUGCUUGAUGAUGAAACCACUGACUUGUAGAGAAUAAAACUCAGGGCAAUUCUACCCUUCUCCACUCCCACCUCUUUCCCUUCCUCUCUACCCUCUUUGUGCAUAGCCUUUUCCUCAACCAUCUGCUAGUAGGCCUGACCCUACAAGAUGCUAAAUGCCUUUGACAUCUACUUAUCGACAGAAGUUAAGAGUAUUUAAUAGUAUUAAGAAGGAGCCAACAACUUUGAGGACAGCUGCAGGUAGCUCUGAGCGCAUGGUUCAUUUGAUAGCUGAGAAGUGUAAGGAUAUUGUUUGCCCUUCUCUUCCCAUUUCUUUUCUGUUGUGGCUCAUGUUGGUAUUGCAACAAGCUGCCUGCUCGCCUGGUGCGAGGCUUCAUUGAUUUGUAGCCAGUCCUCUGGAAGGUGUAAGGGAGAAAUCUCCACUAACAUUAAUGAAAUGGGUUUUAUGUCUGGUGCCUUCUUAGUUGAACUUGUAGGUGGGUUGGGGAACCUCCUCCUUCGCUAUCAGCAUGUGGCUGUGAGGACAGAAAAUGUAUUUAUUGCUGACUGGUCCCAGGGAAGGAGGAAGUUUGCAACCCUGAUUAAGGAGUCUGCGUGCUAGUGUCUGCCAAGACUCUUGCAGGCAGGUACUGAGCUAUGCCAGCACUUGUUACAGGCUGCCUGGCUUCCCCUAAAGCAAAUGAUAGAGCUCACGAUUACAUCUGUAGUACACAUCAAGACAGUAGAAUCAGAUUGCUUAUGUGCAAGGGUAUGUCUUGAGUAAGCUGUCCGUUGAGAGGAUGGCCUCUUGGCUAUGUGCUCUUGGAUGUGAGCCUGUGACAGGUUCUGCACCACAGUAGACGCCACUGAUGUGUGGGAGCACAGCCUGGAAGGCAUUGCAGGCAAGUGGUUUUGGAUGUUCCUUUUUUUGUUCCCUACCGCAAAGCAAUUUCCCUUUCAUUAGGGAUUUCAUGUUUCCUUUUUUGCUAAUUUUUGUGGUAUGCAGCUGAGCUAUAGCAUUAGAGAAAGAGAAAACAUGCCUUCAAAGUUGUUUCACAAGUCCCUCGUUAAACAGGAGGGAAGGAGGGUGCAGCCUGACUUAAAUAUUCCCUGAACUUGUUUUCAACUCUUGAACUGGUCUCCCACACAGGCAGCACUGUCAGGUCUUUGUCCUGGGAUUUGAAGUGUGUGAGCAAACACUGAUUUGGAGGCAGUUUCUAAUGCAAAAUUCCUUCCCCUUAAAGCACAAUAGUGAUGAGGUGAACUUGAAGGUAAGCUUGGUUUCAUUUAAAUAAUAGCAACUAACAGUGUAAUGUAAACUUGAAGCAUAGUUAAUGCCACCUUUCCCACAGUUGUUUACCACAAAUAACAAAGUGCUCUGUGUCCUUUCUGCCUCUGAGAUGGGAGCAAAGUUUGUUGUUUAACAGUAGGUAGAUACCAGCUUUUGAUUAGUUAAGGCUGUGUGAAGCAACUUUGCCAAUGUGAUCUGAAUGGAUUGUGGCUUGUUUUCUGCCUACAAUACACAAACUGGGGAAAAAACCUGUGAAAGACUACUUCAUCCUCACAUCAGGAAGAAAAAUAACUUUUAGGGUUAUGCAAAUACAAUACAUACAGCAAUUUCCUUAACAAUUGCCAUGGCCUCGUUUUUGGGCUGUGAAAUACCCAGAUCCGAAGGAAAGUUUAACACAAGCUCCCUUAGAAUGCUGUAGCUCAAGUGUCUGCACUGAAUUUCUUUUUUUUUUCUCCAGUAUGCAAUUGAGUUAUACUCAAGUUACUGUGGUUGCCAAGCAGAUGUUUGACUUUGCUUUAAAAGCAUAAUAACUACCUGAAUCUAACUGUUAUAGGGUUUAUAUGUGGAUGUCUGCACACAGUUUUGUACAACUACCAGUAACCAGUAAAAGCUAGAACGAUCGCUGAAAUAGUCUGGAAAAGAGCAAAGGAGAAUCUAUUGUGCUGACUGAUAUGAGACAACUGAGAUUAUCUAGACCAUGAGUAAAUGUCUGGCUGUGGUUUCUUUCAUACUGAAACCCUGUAUAUAACAGAGUUUAUUUCACUGUGUAAUAUAAGUGUGUAAAAUAAUAUUUUCUUACAGAUAUUUUUGGAAGUUAAAAAAACUCUUCAUAACCUUGCAUUUGAAAGUAAGUUGUUAUGCACAUUAUUUUCCAGUCCUUUGAAUCUGUUUAUUUUUCAUUAGUGAUCUAAAGUAUAUUCUAGGUCAUAAAGUAUAGAAACUGCUAUAAAUGUCAAAUAUUAUGUAUCUACAGGGUACUAAACAGUAAACUAGUUGUGAAAAUAUUUUUCCCUUGUGUCUGAAACAUCAGAACUAUGAUGCUUAGCCAUUUCUUUCCUUUUGAGAUACCCUGGAUAGUCUGGCAUUGUUUUCUGUUUUUUUUCACUUUUUGCUUAAUAAAAAAAGGACCAAAUCUGCUUGAGAAUGGAGAGCAAAGCUUCUUUAACGAACUGCAAUCAUGUCUUGUGCUGAUUUUGGUGCUUUUCAGUACCAGCCAUGCCUUUCGGGAUAAAUUCCUUCACGGGCAUAGCGCCUUAGCAAAGAAUCCCAGAGCUUGCACUGCCUUGCUAGGACAGAGAGUGAAUGGGGGAGUUGGCCUCACACCGAAGCAGAGUCUGGCAUGCGUUCUGCUGUGCUAUAAGACCUAUAUGCUUCUCUUACACCUGAGAUACAGGUGUUCAGUAUUUAAAACAUAAAUGUUUGGAAUCUUUAAAUUUCUCUGCAAGCUAUGUUUAGGGAUUUGUUUUGUCUUCUGGCAUUUCGUUAUGUGUAAAAGUAGAAGAAUGGGGGGGGAAGCCUGGAAUUUUUUUGUAUCUAGUGUGGAAGAGGGCCACCUCCAUAGAGGGAUUUAUUAGUCCAGCAGAUAAAUAUGCAACUGUUGAAUCUUUAACAGGCGGGUCCUUUUUCCCUGCUUGUUGAUUAGACAGUGUUAUUUAAUAGGUGCUACUAAACACCAUUGCAAAUGUUUCUAAGCAGUCUGGUUUUAAAGCCACAGACCUUUAAUGAGCUGGAUGUGAGAGCAGGAGUUGUAGAAGCACAUCACAACUGCUUAGUUUCUUAGUUUUUUUUCCUGUACUUUACUCAGCUAAUGUCUGCAGACGAGGCUGGGAUUUCUAGAGCUUGAUUGUAAAGAAAGAUCUCCCAGGAAAACAGACUUUUGUGUGCAUGUCUACUUCAAAGACUUUUGUGUGGAUCACAAAAGAGAGGGGAAAUGAACAGAAGAAAGUGCUCUUCUUUGCAGCUUCUUUAACAUACAGAAGUUCAGAUGUGAUCCUUCUGCAGAACCUCUGGUUCAGCAGAGGUCUUAAAACUAUAGUGAAGCUUGAAGUUGUGAGUAGACCCUACCUUGAGCCACUUGAGAAAUCAGUAAGACUAUUAAUGUGCUUGAAGUUAAGUAUAUAUUUACAUUUCUUUGUGAAUAAGGGCCUGGAAUUUCAAUCUGAGAUCUCUGGUGGAAGUGUGCAGGAUCUGAGGUUGUAUAAUCACCAGGGGAGAACAAGUAGUGCUGUGAAAGCUGUUUCUCAAAGAGCCUCUUGUCCAAACAAGGCUCAUGGAAUCCAGCCCAAACUUUCGCCUCAGUUUCCCCCCAGAAAUCCAGGAGCUGCACUGAUUUGGUGAGAUGCGUAUUUUGCAGUAGUUAUAAAUGAAGCUGAUGAUCAUGCUGCAGACUGUUCUCUGGUAUCUAUGUCUGUCUUGUCAUGCCUGAACUUUUCUGUGUGUUUUUAACAUUUAAAGUUAAUAUAAUUUGUUUUAAAAGCUCUUUGUGCAAAUACUUAGUCGUCUAAAUGAAUUUACUCAUUUGGGCAUACCUACUACUAUUGAUAGGAUGACUGCUGUGAAUAUCAUUAUGCACAUGUUAAGGCUGGCAAGACUAAGCCCCAAAUGUGUAAAUGUAGCUCCAGCUAGGAAAUGUAGAUGAGCGGUCUUAUUUCCCCAGAGUAUUGGUGUGUUUGAUGCAAAUAAUGUCUUUGAAAAGGUUUUAUAGUAAAACCUACAAUUAUCCCUUGAUUGGGUAAUUUUAAAAACACAAUUUAAACAUUCACCUUCUAUGGCAGCAAACAAGGACAUAAACUGAAGACUUCUUCAUGUUAUUUCUGAUCCUGUAUGAAUGCAAAGUAUUGAUUACAGUCAUUCUCUAGAGCUCACCUGCCCAACAUAGUAGGCAGUUGAACGGUAGGCAGGGAAAAAUACCCAAAAUUAAUUCAAAAACUGUAUUUUCUUACUUGGAAAAAUAUAUUCUUCAGACUGAAGGACCAUAGACUAUAGAAGUAAACUUUGAAUUGUUCUGUAUAAACAUCUUAAGUUUUGUUCUUUUAAAUUCAAUAUUCCACUUUCAGUACUGAAAAUAGGUAAUGUUGUGAUGAAUAUAUUUCGGAUUUUGAAUGUAAUGGUGGUUUUCUUUUUCUCUUCUCCUUUGGUUAAGUUUUAGCAAAGGUCUGUGUGUGAAUUGUGUUGUCAAGUUGUUUCUCACCUGUGCUUUUCUGACAAUUAACAGCACUAACCAUAAUUCUAAUGGCCAUGUAGGAACAAAUAUUUUUUGAAAGCAAAAUUUUAAUUUUUAUAUACCAGAUUAAUAACUAAGUAGGGGUAGGAAAUACAUUUUUUCCAACAGCAGUUUCUAUUUGUAAGAAAUCUAAUGUUAAUUGAGUAUGUGUUCGCUACUCUUCUAAAUCAGUGCUCAGUGACAAGGCCAGGUGUAUUGUAUAAUGGGCUCAGACUUUCAGAUUAGAUUUUUCUUUUAACUGUGGAUAGAAUGAAAUCAGGGUGACUUCAAACACUGGUGGUUUAGAUGGUUCUUUUGCAUUAAUAUCGAAUUAGCUGUUUAUUUUAAAUGCACACUUGAAACUCCUGAUGUUGUAACAAUUCAUGGAAUUAUCCUCAAUAACAAGUGUGUUCAUAAAAUAUGAUUUUUUUUCCACACAAGCGUUUUCUGUAAGCUGUCUUUCGUCAGUAAGUGUUGAAUUGUUAGUGCAAAUAUCUUCUUUUCCUGAGAAAGAAGUACAGAUCAUUAAUUGUACCAUUUCCUUCAAAAUGAAGGGCAUUGCAUAGUAACUAAAAAGAAAUAAAAG